AAACUAAAAUUGAAAUGAUUAUCCAAUGGGUUCUAAGCUUCUACUCGAUGAAAGUUAUGUCAUAGAGACAUUGACAGUUGUUAAAGAGUUUUGUGAUAAGAGUUGAAACAAAAUGAGUUGUCAAAGUUGAUAAGAUGCCAUACAUCUGAAUUUAAUAUUACUCUGCACUGCUCACAGGUCAAUUUUUGGAAACAAUUUUGCAGGGAGUAUCCCUGCAGAAGUUUUUAAUUUCUCCAGUCUUCAGUAUUUGUAAGUACACCGUCCCAAUCUAUUUCAUUAUCCCACUUUUACGGAGAAAAAAAAAAAAUCAGCAGCUCUGUUUUCGUGAUGAAUUUUUUCUGUCCCUUUUGCAGAAAGAUUAGUGACGUAGCAAACUCUGGUUUCCAAUUGCCACGAUCUGCGAACCUGAGCAAUAUAGAAACUCUGAUAUUAAGGAACUGUUCAAUCACCGGUGAAAUCCCUGAAUACAUUGGUAAAAUGUCAAAUUUAAAAUACUUGGAUUUGAGCUUUAACAAUUUAACCGGACGAAUCCCAAAGUCCAUGAGUGGUUUAAAUUUAAUACAGUACUUGUCCCUUGCAAAAAAUGAACUUAAUGACACAAUCCCUGCUUGGGUUGGUGCAGUCAAGUCUACAUUGGAUCUAUCUUACAAUAACUUUUCUGAAGUUAGCUUGCCAGACGAUAAGCGAGAUAAUCUGAACUUGUUUGCCUGCUGCAGCAGUUCAAGUUCAACCGAUCCAGAUCAACUAUUUUUGGAUCCAAAGAAACGCAUGCAUACGCAUUGUCCUGGACGAAAAUCUAAAUUUGCAGAUCAUUCCUUGUUUAUAAAUUGUGGUGGUGAGGGAUUAACUGUUGGUGACAAGUAUUAUGAAGCGCAUAACUCAACUUCACUCUAUUAUAUUAGUCCAUCCAAAACCUGGGGUUAUAGCCUUUCUGGACAGUUCUUAUCACCGGAGUCCAAUUCUAGUAAUUUCAUACAGACCCAGUCAUGUGGAAUUCGUGUUCCUGAGUCAGACUUAUAUUUAAAUGCUCGGAUUGCCCCUGUCUUCCUAAGUUAUUAUGCUUGCUUACACAAAGGCAGAUAUAAUGUGACCCUUCACUCUGCUGAAAUAGUAUUCAGGGAGAAGGAAUCAUAUAGAUCGAAGUCCAGAUUGAAGUUUAAUUGGGAAAAUAGAUUUAACAUUUGCCUGGGAAUAGCGAGGGGUUUAGAUCAUCUUCAUGAGCACCCUAGACUCAAGAUGGUUCAUAGGGAUAUCAAAGCUGAAAAUAUCCUCCUUGAUGGAGCUCUAAAUGCUAAGAUCUCAGACUUUGGAAUGGCAAGCCUGUAUACCGAGGAAGAACAACUUAUGAUCAUCAAAGUGUGGAAGCACCAAAGUAAUUGGCACCAAAGUAAUGUUGCCAUGGCUCAUGGCGAAUGUACCAAAGCUGAUUCUUCUACUUCCACCGACGUGAGCGCAAGGGCAUCAACUUCAACUAAAUUAAUCAAGGGGAUAGAAGAAACAGAAAUUCAUUAUGCAGAACCCGAUCUUGAAAUAUUGGAAGAGACUCAGACCUCUUUCAGCGGAUGA